GCCUUCUCCUACUACGGCGGCGACGAGGCCUCCCUGUGCCGCCUGGAGGCCCACGUCGCCCCCGUGUCUGUGGUGUUCCUGUGCCUGGCCACGGUGAACAGUGUGGCCGACCCCAUCAUCUACGUGCUGGCCACGGACCACUCGCGGCGGGAAGUGUCCAGAAUCCGCAGGGAGUGGAUCAUGUGGUCCGCCAAGACGGACACCGCGAAGCUCACGCGUUUGAAGGACUCGGAGGAGAGGCCGCCGCCCGUGUCGCUGACAAGCAGCUGCCUGUUCCCC